AAGCAGUCGUCAUUUUUGAAAGAUGAAGCGCGGCAUUGAAACGCACCCGACGUCCAAGAAGUCUCGCAAUGACCAUGUGGCGGCCAACGCCGCUGAUGACAGCGAAGGCGAAGACUUGGUCUUUGAAGAUCCCUAUGGCGACGACCUAGAAGACGAGGAGAUGGUGUCGGAAAGCGACGAGGAGAUCGUCGACGACGGCGAUGACGAAAACGACAUGGACGUGGACUCUGGGAACCGACCGCCUCUCCAAAACGACGACGACGAGGUCGAAGCGCCCACAAAGGUGUGGCUGCCCAACGUCGAAAAGCUCGGCGAAGACGAAGUCUUGGACUACGACGCGUCAGCAUACGACCUGUACUACGCGAUGACUGCGGAAUGGCCAUCGCUGAGUUUGGACAUCAUCAAGGACAACCUGGGCGCGUGCCGCACCAAGUUUCCCAUGACGAUCUACGUCGUGGCCGGUUCCCAAGCGCCCAAGGCCGCGGACAACAAGAUCACCGUCAUGAAAAUGUCCGAACUGCACAAAACCAAACAUAGCAACGACGCCGAUGACAAUUCUGACGACGACUCGGACGACGACGACGAAGAAGGCGAUCCGGUGCUCGAGUCGCGCUCCAUCGACCACCGCGGCGGCGUCAACCGCAUCCGCGCCAUGCCCCAGAGCUCCAACAUCGUCGCCACGUGGUCGGACACGAAGCGCGUGCACAUUUACGACAUUGCCAAGCAGCUGCAGUCCCUGGACGGCAAGAACCCCGCCGGACUGAACGCCCAAGCGCCGCCCGUGUUUACCUUUACAGGGCACGCGGACGAAGGGUUUGCGAUGGACUGGUCGCCUGUCACAGCCGGGUCGCUGCUCACAGGCGACUGCUCCAAGUACAUUUACCACUGGGUCAACAACGGCGCGUCGUGGGUGGUGGACAAGGUGCCGUUUACGGGGCACACGGCGUCCGUAGAAGAUUUGCAGUGGAGCCCCACCGAAGCCACAGUGUUCGCGUCGUGCUCGGCGGACAAGACGGUACGCAUCUGGGACGUCCGCACCAAGGCGCGGUCCAUGCUCAGCGUCGAAGCGCACGAACAAGACGUGAACGUGAUCACGUGGAACCGCAACGUGGCCCACCUCAUGGCAUCCGGGUCCGACGACGGGUCGUUCAAGAUCUGGGACUUUCGCAAAUUCCAAGCGGAUAGUCCUGUGGCGCAUUUCCGGUACCACACGGCGCCCGUGACGUCGAUCGAGUGGCACCCCACGGACGAAUCGAUGCUGGCGGUAUCCGGGGCAGACAACCAAAUCUCAAUCUGGGACAUGUCGGUCGAAGAGGACGCGGAAGCCGCCGCGAACGUGACCACAGCCAAGUUGGACGUGCCGCCGCAGCUGCUGUUCAUCCACCAAGGGCAGACGGACAUCAAGGAACUGCACUUCCACCCCCAGUGCCCCGGGCUCUUGGUUAGUACGGCCGCGGACGGGUUCAACGUGUUUAAACCCGCCAACAUUUCCUAACUUAGCCUACUACUAUGUACAUACACCCUCGUUUGCCGCCA